AUGAAAGUUAAGCCGAAACGAAUAUUAGAAUUAUUAGAGGAAAAGAAUUUGCCUGUCCCUAAAAAACAUCAAUUAUCCAGUUAUCUGGUAUCCUUACGAGUUAAGUUGUAUGGUAAUUCAAGUAUGAGCUUAGGUGAAUUGGAAGCUUGGUGCGAACAAAAAUCCGUCAUACCUGACGAUGAGGAUGAACCAUGGGUAUUGAGAGAUAAGAUUAUAUAUGGAGAUGAAAUUAAUGAUGACGUGCAGGAUGGUGAUUAUGAAAACAAAUUCAGAUUAUUUGUCACAACUAAAAGAUUACUAUUCAAUGCAACUAUUUCACAUGUAAUUCAUGCCAACGCAACUUAUAAGUUGAUUUGGGAGGGCUUUCCUUGUCUUAUUAUUGGAACUACUGAUAUGAUCAAACAAUUUCAUCCGUAUGGAUUUGCAGUGUGCUCUAAUGAGGCAGAGAAAGAUUUUGAAUUCAUAUUUAUGUCUAUUCGUGAUGGUUUACAAGAUUUAAACAUGAACAUGAACGAAUAA